AUGGAAGUUGGAAUUUUCCCUUCCUUUUGCACUUUCACUUUUCCAGCGAUAUGUGCUUUUGUGAACAAAGUUCCAAUCUCUAUCACUACUCCCGCUGAAGGCAAGCUUAUUUGGUCUCCUUCUACAUCAGGGGAGCUCACUGCUAAAGAAGCGUAUAGUUUUUUUAAGCCUAUUAAUCCUCCAUUAAUAUGGGGUAAGCUAAUUUGGGCAAAAUAUAUUCUUCCUCGCAUUUCUCUAUUGGCUUGGAAAGUUCUACGGGGGCGGGUUCUAUCAGAGGAUUAUUUACAUAGAAGAGGCAUAUCUCUAGAUUCAGUUUAUAGAGACUACAGAGGUACGGUUUUAGGUGCUUUCUCUUCUACUUUUGAUAUCCCUAGCUCAGUUGAUGCAGAAGUCAUGGUGGUCAUUAAGGCUAUUGAACUAGCUUGGUACUACAUUAUGACCGGUGAAGAAGCAUCAGAAGAGCCUAUUGUGAAUGUUGUUCAAGAUGAACCAAAACUUCAGCUGGGUCAGGAAUUCGAGUCAGUUGAGGAGGCUUAUCACUUUUACAAUGAUAUAUAUGCAAAAGUUGUUGGUUUUAGUGUGAGAAUGGGUUCAAACAAGAAAAAUAAGGUGAAUAGGGAGAUUACUUGGAAACAAUUUUUGUGUUCCAAGGAAGGAAAAUCAGACGAGACUCCUACAGAAGAAAGGAAUUUCGGAAUGAAGCGUACGGGGUGUAAGGCAAGGUUGAAUAUCAUUUUCAACAAGACAAGCAAAAAAUGGUGCGUAAGUGACUUUGAAGAGGCAUAUACACAUGCACUUACAACCCCUAAAAGGGUACAUUUGUUGGCAUCACACCGCAAGCUUACAAAGGCAAAAAAGUGUCUCAUGGGAAAACUUAGUAGUGUUAAUGUUCCAUUAAGUCAACAAUUCAAAAUAAUGGAGACAGUGGCAGGUGGUAUAUCAAAUGUUGGUUGUGUUCCCAGAGAUUUGAGAAACGAUGAAAGAAAUCUGAGGGAAGAACUGAAGGGACAUGAUGCAACUAUGUUACUGGAAUACUUUGAGUCAGAAAAAGAAAAGAAGCCCUCUUUCUAUUUUCAGGUUGAUAGAGAUGAAAAUAACAGGAUGAAGCGUUGUUUUUGGGCUGAUCCUACAUCAAAGAAGUCAUAUUAUUUCUUUAAUGAUGUUGUUGUGUUUGAUACCAUGUACAACACAAAUAAAUAUAAUAUGAUCUUCGCUCCAAUCACAGGCGUCAACCAUCAUGGGCAGACAAUUGUAUUUGGUUGUGGACUUUUAAGUGAUGAGAAAACUGAAUCGUUUAUUUGGUUACUGGAACAAUGGCUAAAAGCUAUGCCUAGUGGUCCACCGAAGAUUGGUCCAGUUAUUGCUCAAAAUUAUUAUGGAAUCUUUAAAUCCAACGUAUAUAAAUCUGAGACUAGAGAAGAAUUUGAAGCUAGUUGGAAGAAUGCUCUGCAACAAAGCAAUCAAGAAGCUCAUGUGUGGCUGAACACAAUGUAUGAAUUACGAAGUAAAUGUGUGCCUGCAUUUUGCAACCACAUCUUUCAUGCAGAAAACAAUUCUUUAUUUGAUUUUGCUACAAGGAUUGAAAGGGGACUCAGACAACAAAGACAUGAAGAACUGAUUCGGGAUCAUGUUGAUAGUAAUGAAACUCCGAAGACAAGGACGUUCUAUCCCAUAGAGAAGCAAAUGCGUGAGGUGUACACAAAAGAAAUAUUUUUGAGGUUCCAAGAUGAGUUGGUUAAAAGUACUGCUUAUUUGAAAUGUGAAAUUGAGAAAGAGGAUGAAAGUGAAUGCAUGUAUAUGGUUAUAAGGGCUCCAUAUAAUGAACAAAGCUGGAAAAGACGACAUAUUUUUCAUGACAAAGUAUCUGGUUUUGCUAAGUGUAGUUAUGGAGGCUUUGAGAUAGAAGGAAUUGCAUGUAGGCAUAUCAUUUUCUUUUUUCGAAGUAUGAAUAUGGUACAUUUGCCAAGUGAAUACAUCUUGGAUAGAUGGACAAAAAAUGCAAAAGUUGGAAGAGUUUGGGAUGAUGAUGGAGUGGAAGUUAAAGAUGUGGGUGAUAAGACAUUGCUAAUGAGAUAUAUUCAAUUAUCUCAACUUUCACAGGCCUUGAUUGAUGAGGCAUCUCUUUCCCAGGAAGCAACAAAAUAUUUCACAGAUGGACUCAACUCGCUUCGUGUUGGAAUUAAAGAGCUUCACUCAAGUCUAGGUGUUGAGGAAUCUCCAUCCACAAGUAAACGAAAACCGGAGCAAAUACUCAUUGAGGAACCAUCUCAAGUAAAAGCUAAAGGAAGUGGGAAGCGGUUGAAAUCAUCCAAGGAAAUAGCAAUGAAUAAGCAGAAACAUUGUGGAAAAUGUGGUCAAACUGGGCAUAACAUACUAACAUGUGAGAAGCACAAUACUGACAUGUAA